UGGUAACACGGAUGGAUUGUCGAGGAGGUCCCAGGAAUUGAUUGAGGGAGGGGAGGAAGAGAAGGAGAUAUGGGAAACCAGUCCUAACACCUCGGUGAAAGGGGUGGCUGUGAUGCAGGUAUGGCGUGGUGCCAGUAAGGAGCAGCUUAGGGAUAUGCAACAGUCUUGUCCAGUUGUAGGGAAGUUGUGGAGACAAAUGAUUGGUAGAGUGAGGCCAGCAGAACUAAGGCAGUUGCUACAAGUAGAGGAGUUUAGGCAAUGGUGGAGAGUGAGAGGGUCCCUCAUUAUGAGGCAUGGGGUGAUCUACUGGCGUGGAAGGGAGACAGAUUCUAGGAAGUGGAAAGUGGUGUUGCCAGUGAAUCAGAGACAAGAAGUGCUUAAAGCCGCUCAUGAUCAGUGGGGUCAUCAAGGGGUUGCUAGAACAACGUCACUAGUGAAGGAUAGGUUUGAUUGGCCAGGACUACAUGAAGACAUCAAAUUGUAUGUGGCAAAGUGCAAAGUCUGUGUCAUGGGGAAGGAGGAGGGUGUGCGGGCCAAGACUAAGUUGGGUACGUUGGAAGCCAACCGCCCCUGGGAAGUGUUGGCUGUUGACUUCACUUUACUGGAUCCGGCCAGGGAUGGCAAGGAAAAUGUAUUGGUGGUGACGGAUGUGUUUAGCAAGUUUGCCCUGGCCUUUCCUACUAAAAACCAAAAGGCAAGCACAGUAGCCAAGAUCUUGGUGGAGGAGAUUUUUCACCGUUUUGGUUGCCCAGAAAGGGUACAUAGUGACCAGGGUAGGAAUUUUGAGGGAAAGUUAGUGCAGGAACUAUGCAAGUAUUACCAUGUAGCCAAGUCUCGUACCACCCCGUAUCACCCUCAAGGAAAUGGGAUCUGUGAGAGGUUUAACCGCACCUUACAUGGGAUGUUAGUUACCCUUGGUCAGGAACAGUGGGAGCAUUGGCCUAGGCACUUGUCAAGCCUCACUGCCAUCUAUAAUACCACACCCCAUGCUGUCACUGGUUUUUCACCCCAUUAUUUGUUGUUUGGUGUGUAGCCCCAUUUACCUUUGGAUAGGUUCUGUGAGGAAACUGAUAGUGAGCCUACUAACCAUAGCAUGUGGAUUAGGAAGCUCAGAGAGACACAGGAGGCUGCUUGGAAAGCAGCUAAGUUGAACAUCAAGAGUUACCACAAUACCAAUAGGUGGAAGCGUCAGGAGCAAGGAAAAGCAGAGCCAUUGAGGGUGGGACAAAGAGUGUUGCUAAGGGACAAUGCAGUACUAGGUAGGAGGAAGAUUCAGCCUAAGUUUGCAGCUGAGGUGUGGGAAGUUGAGGAGGUGUUGGAUGGGGUGAGUGGGGUGUAUAGGGUCAGACCAGAAGGUGAGUCCGGCUGUAGUAAGGUGUUACAUCGCAGUAACUUGCGUCCUUGGAAUGGCAGUGAGGGCCAUGCAGGGACAAGUAAUGAAGUGCCAGCAGGGACAAGUAAUGAAGGGCCACCAGAGGAGGAAGAAGUAGAAAUGCCAGAUAUGACAGAAGCGUUAAAGCGCUUUGGGUUUCCAGAACCGGACUCAGAGGAACAAGUGGACUCAGUGGUUGAGCAGGAGGGAGAGGAUGCCCUAGGGCCUGGUGAAAAGCCAGAUGAACAGAGUGGUGAAGGCUCAGAGCAGGUUAAAGGGGUUCAGGCCCCUCAACUCAGGAGGUCUAGUAGGAUUGCUGAAAGGGGUGCAACGGGUUCGUCUUGUGUUGGCUGUGGGGAUUGUGCAUGAGGGCAUGCACAAAGUUCAGGGGGGGUGAGUGUAAGAAGUUGAAGUGGGCGCGCCUGCGAGAGGCUCACAGACUAGUCAGCGAGUCCCGCCAAAACGAGUCUUAAGGCCCUAAAGGUUGGUUGUUGUGGGGAUUUUGGCGGGAGAGGCGAGCGAGAGAGAGACAGGGUGCAGAGUAGUGGUGGAUUUGCCAUUUGAUUUGCAGGAGUUUGGUCUUGGCAGUGUGCUGUGGGACGUCAGUGAGGUGGCACCGUAGCAGAUACUGUGAACUAAGGAGGCUGCAGUGAGGAACUUGCUGUCCCUGGCUGCUAUGGUGUUAGUACCGCCGUGCAUGGAGGAAGAGCUGCAGUACUUCAGGGUAGUGGUAGUGGUGUACCUUCAGCGCGUUGGGUCGGUGUGCGGUUGGGCCUAUAGGGUGUGAGGGUCCUGGGGGUACUGGUUAGGGUGGGACAGUGUCAGUGGCAUAUAACAUUUCUUGUGUUGGUGCGUGAAGUGUUUAUUUCUCCUGUUUAUUUGUAUGUGGAUUUACCCAUUUUCUCAUGGGAUCAGGUAUUUUGGAGUGCCAGCAGUGUGGCCUCUAAGAGUGUUAAGCACCCAUAUUUUAUUUGUGUUUUCUUUAUUAUGUACUCAUUUGUGUUUUCUUUAUUAUGUACUCAACCAUUAAAUUUUUAAAUUGUG